UUUAAGAAUUAAAAAAAAAUAUCAUAUCCAUGUAUGUUUUCAAAUAGUACCAUAAUGAAGCUCCAAAUCACAUAAUAUUUGACUGUACUAUUAUACAAUUAAAUAUUUACUUAAAAUAUGUCUUACAUGGCACAAUGAUGGCGGAAAAUAGGAAAUUUCUGUAUAAAAAGGCUUAAGAUAUUACCGUAGAGAAAUCAGUCUUUUUACUGAUACUUUUAAGACACCAUUAUGAUUACGUGGCAGAUACUCUUCCUAUCAAUUAUUAUUCUUGCCGGUUGCACCAAUUAUUCCGAAUCAAUCCCUAAUGAUGGCUUCCGCACCAACCAGCUACCACCCACCAAUUACUUUCCUGAUCGACCAUUGCCAGUCAACCCACAACCCUACGGAUUCAGCCCACCGCAAAGAAUAAUUAUUCCAGUACCACGAUUUUAUCCGGUGAUUCAAAAAGUACCAGUACCUGUCAUUCAUCGAGUAGUAGAAAAAGUGCACGUUCCUGUUCCUCGACCGUAUCCAGUUCCAGUUGUACAAAAAAUAGUAGUGCCGAUUGUGAAAAAAAUUAAAAUACCUGUUCCAGUACCGCAACAACUUCCUUAUGGCGUUAAUUCUCUGUAUAAAUAAAUAAAUUAUUUAGUUUGAUUUAAAGAAACUAUGAGCACUAACUAAUAGCACAGAAACUAAUAGUGGUUUCCUAAUAAUUAUUUCUUAAGGAAAGUUCACGAGGUUGGGAAAAAAAUAAAUAAAACAACAAAAUUACAAAUACUUAAAAAAAAAACUUUAUUGGUCUGUCUAGCAAACGUAAAAAAAAUAUAAAGUAACUAAAAAACGAAAAAAUUGUUCUCUUAUACUAGAAAAAAACUUAACUUAACAAAUUCAAUAGUUAUCUUGAAAAUCGGACAUAUUAACCAUAAAAAUAUGUUUCUCACUUUAACAUGAUCAAUUUCUUAAAUUCUAAAAUACGACCAUAUAACACAAUAAUUCAUAAUAUGAGCUCGCUCGAAAAGCAAGUAUCACAGAUAUUGGAGUUAUAUGGCAUAAAAAGGUUGGGUUGAAUUUAUAAACUUGAUAUUAUUACACUGCCAUUAUUGACAGCAACUUUUUCAGGAAUCGAGUUUCAUAUGUAACCGCCUUUUUGAAAUGACAAACAGGAAUUGUCAAUUGUAGUGUAUGUGGUAUGUCAUUUUUCCUUCUCAUUAUUGUAUUGUCAUGUCACUUGUCAGUAAUUUUCUAACACUUCUGACUGUCAAGGAUGCAAUCUGACUGAUAAAAACAAAAUCUUAAAUCACAUUGGUCGACCAGUUAUCUACUAACCAAUACAAUUAUUAUAGAACAGUAAAUUUAUCUUGCAGAUAGUUACCAUCAAGUUUAUCUGAAGAUGAAUAAACCGGGCCUAAAAAGUUAAAAUAUUUUUCACAAUAAUUAGAAACAAAACAAAUAAACAAAUUAUGGCAAUUACUGACAAACUCUUUAAAUUCAAAUUCAUAAAUCCAACUUUUUUAACUUAAAAACUAAUGUCAUUUUCUUAAAAUUACCGAGAUUACUCUUAAUACUUGUAACUCAUCCGAGUUCUUGAUACAAAAAAAAAAUAUAUUUAUAUUCUUCCCUAGAAAAAAAGAAUUAUUAUUCCGAUUGUGUUUUUUUCCAACACAUAAUUAUUUUUCUUAUUAUUAUUGUUGAUUGGUAGCUUUGGUAUAAAAAUGGGGCCACUACCACUCUUCGUCUCCCGCCUCUGCUGGCUGCUUGUUGAAGUUUUGGCCUCGACCAUAAUCUUC